CUCAUCUGUUGUAGAAUUUCAAGAGCAGAGGCCUACCGCUGAGGGCUACGAUAAGGACGAUGCCGAAUUCUCCGCAACCCUCUCGCGAUUAAAGAUCAGCAGACGUCUUCGCAUACGUGCGUGCAAUCCCUUAGCGAUUGACGGCAAGAGUAAGCGCCAGGAGACGCGUGGGUUUGGGAAAUUGCAGGCAUAAAUGGCGUCGGAAGAUUUCGAAUCCCAGGAGAAUGAGCUGCUGGCGCUGAGUAGUAUAUACGGGGAGGAUGUAUUUCUUCGGGCUGAGACUGCUUUGGGAGGAGAGCUGCGGAUCUUCUUGGAUCUACCUGCAGGCUUCACUGUGCGAGGCGUACACAUCAAGACAGGCAGCGGAGGUACUGGGCCGGGUGAAUGCGUUGUGGUGCAGCAUCUUCCUCCACUGGUGAUGAAUUUUGAGCUGCCUUCCGACUACCCUUCAACAUCUCCCCCACAGUUCACAAUAUCCUGCAAAUGGCUGUCGCGUGAGCAGUUAUCAUGGCUUUGCCACACAAUGGAUGAGCUAUGGCAGGAAAGCAGAGGCAUGGAAAUCUUGUAUACUUGGUCGCAGUUCUUGAAGGAAGACACAUUGGAUUUUCUCAGAAUUGCUCCACCCCUGGAAGUCAAGUCCAUCGCCGGUGGAACGACACGCAAGCGUGAUCAUGGCAAGACGGUCAGGGCAGAAGCGGAGCCCGAGGACAUCGUCAAAACCGCAGCAGUCGACGGUGGGCGAGCGGGUCUAUCGCAGUCUCCAGCAGCGCACGGUGAGGCGAAGCAGCACAAACGGGUUCCCGGCGACGUGAGACCACUGGACCCACGGUCCAUCCAGACCUGCGAGUCCUGGUCCUCACUGUACGGUGAGCUGCUGGACUACGACCAGGCGCAGAGGCAGAAAGUGUUCUCCGCCCGCGUGUUCAACUGUCACAUCUGCCUGUGCGAAAAGCUGGGCUCGUCAUGCGUGAACCUGAGCGGCUGCGAGCACGUGUACUGCCGCGACUGCCUGAGUGCCUACUUCCAGCUGCAGAUACAGGAGGGCAAUGUGCACAGCCUCACCUGCCCAGAGCCCAAGUGCCAGACAGCUGCUACCCCAUCUCAGGUGAGAGAGCUGGUGGGAGAGGAGCUGUUCUCUCGCUACGACCGCCUGCUGCUCCAGUCCAGCCUCGACCUCAUGGCUGACGUGGUGUACUGCCCGCGCAUGAGCUGCCAGACUCCUGUGCUGCUGGAGCCUAACAAAACCAUGGGCCAUUGCCCCCAGUGUAAAUUUGCCUUCUGCAAUGUGUGCAGGCACGCCUACCACGGCAUCUCGGCCUGCAUCAUUAAAUCAGAGAACCUCGGGAAUAUCGUCAAAGAGUACAACAAUGCGGACGCCGCAUCCAGGGUUUUCUUAGAGCAGCGCUACGGCAAGCACACGAUCAAGCGAGCCAUCGAGGAGGUGCACUCCAAGGACUGGCUUGCCCAGAAUGCCAAGGCCUGCCCACGCUGUUGCACACACAUCCAAAAAGUGGAUGGCUGCAAUAAAAUGACUUGCACUAGCUGCCAGCUCUAUUUCUGCUGGAUCUGCUUGAAGGAGCUGUCCCGCGCGAACCCAUACGGCCACUUCAACGAAGCCCGCUCACCCUGCUUCAACAGGCUCUUCCAAGGAGGAGAAGGGGAUGACGACUUCUUCCUUGAAGGAAGCGACAGUGACGAAGAUGAUGGUGAUGACAUUAAUGACGAAGAGCAUUUUGCACAACUUAUCAGGGCACUGUGAAAAAAAUGCAGUAUAUUUUAUCAUCAGGCAUUGUCAAUCCACUACUGGACGAAGACCUUCCCACCCUCUUGCCAUCAACCUUGUUCCAGUGCUGCGAGGUCAUGAGAGUAUCGGCAUGCCACUCCACAUAAAGAAUUUGUACACAACAUGUGCAUUGUAGUGAUAAAUUAGGGUGGUAUAUUGUUGACGUAUAUUUAAGAGAAAGUUGUCAUAGGCAAGAGGAAAACACUUUCCAGUCUCGGAGUACAGAAAAUUCAGAAACUGUUGGUUGUUCCAUCAUAUUCUUUAGGUAUUUUGGUAAAGUAACAUAGAUAGGUUCAAAAAAAUAACAAAAAACUACGACGUUUCGAUUGCAACACAAGCAAUGUUUGAGUAUUUUCAGCUUGCUUGCAUCAAGUAAAUAAUUAUUACGUUUUUUUUCCUAUGGAUAAAUUGACCCAAACCCUCAAGUGACCACAGAGAUGCAAGAUCACAAUACCAUCCUUACACUUUUCUAAGUUACCUAUUGACAUCUGGUAACCUGCUCGCUACAUAUUUAAGGCCGUAAAGAUAAUGUUAUUUGCAUUUGGUGUUCAUGUUUGAAAAGAUGUGUCAAUUGAUCCAGAGUUAACAUGGCAGAACACCUUACACGCACCUCUGAUGAGCAGGGUUGGCUACAUAUGGUGCGAAUGAAGUUAAACAUUUAUUCAUACACGGACUGGCUCCAGUAUGAGCAUUGAGCAAGGGUCAUAUUUUCCUUCAUAAUUUUAUCGACAAAGAACCGAGUUGACUCCCAAUCAGGAUUUUCACUUGUAUGAUUGUGAAGUGAGCAUUCUGCCAUCAUUCUUCCAAGACAGAUAAUACACACCAAAGCGACACUAUUUUACAUUCUAGUAAAUAUUUAGUUGUGGCCUCCACACGUUUUUUAUCAAACCUUUCCAUCUUCAAUGUGGACUUUAUAACAAACACCUCGUAUAAUUCACAAAAGUAAGCUAUUGGAUACUGGUGUUAUAGCCCAUGUACCAUUGUUUUAUCAAAAUUACAUUUCUUAUUUGCUGCACUAACUUCAGUUAUGGGAUCCACGACCCCCCUGUUUUUUGAGGAAUUAAUACAUUACUUAAUUGAUGACAAAAAUACAUAACCCUAUUGGUAUGAUGUACAAUUUAGGUGUGCGACAGCCCAUAUUUUAAAGUAACAACACUGUAACACGAUUCACUUUUGAGGCAUAAGCAAUUGGAAAAUAACACUACCCAGGAACAAAAAAUAUAUACUUGGUUCUUUCGGUAAAGUCGCGUAGAUUUAAAAAUAAUAAUAAAUAGAAAAUAAUAAAAGCAAAAAACUACGAUAAAAAUAGUAAAAUGAAAUUACAAAUAAACUUAAAUAAAAGCAAGAAAACCACAACGUUUCGAUGGCAACACAAGUGGUGUUCAUCAGGCGCUUGUGUUGCGAUCGAAACGUGUUUUUUGCUUUUAUUAUUUUCAAUUUAUUUCUAAUUUUGUUUUACUAUUUUUAUUUUUACUGUUAUUUUGCUUUUAUUUAAAUGUAUUUUUAUUUUUGUUUUCUAUCUACGUGACUUUACCUAAAAGAACCAAGAAUAUAAAUUCCUGCAGUCACGAAAGUUUUAAGUCAAAUUUUUUUGUUACUUUGAUUACACAAUCAAUGUCACCCUUGAUGGGAAGAUAUCAUUCGGACAUGUGGGCUAAUUACACGUUUUGCUCCAAAGUAUUGCAGUCGUAUAAGGCAGACCUGUCGUCUUGGACUGGAGAUGCUGUUCUGCUUCCUGAUGCUGGUGAAAUGCAGCAUCAACAUAUACAGCACAGAUGACCACUAAAGUUCACCUUCCUCAAGAACCGCUUUCUGUAAAGCCAAUUGAGCCAUUGUGUCGAAUUGAGCCUUCUAUAAAUAGGUUUGCGUGCACUUUUGUAUGUUAUUAGGGGUGGCAGUGACGAGAUGUUAACUACCUUGCCUGGUAUACAGGAGGUCGUGGGUUCGAUCCUGACGCCUGUAUAUUUGGAGUUUCCAUGUUUUCCCUGUGGUCACGUUGACUUUUCUCCGGGUUCUCCAUUUUUCCCCUCCACAUUUAGAAACAUCCAUUUAGAGUAUUUUAGCUGCUAUAACUUUCCAUACGAUAAGCCACUUUGAACUUUCAUUUGUGGUCCGGUCGCUUCAGAACUAUUUUGCUCAGUGGGCCUUACCUGUAAAAAAAUAAUGUUUCUUGAAAUGUUUUGCCACGUGUGUAUUUGAGGUGUUUUAAAUAUGCACCGAUACACACGUUCUUGCAUUUUCUAUAUUGAAUGUAUACAAUUAUAAAUAACAUUGUACAAUGGCUGUAAAAUGAGGAAAUGUUUUACAUGCCAAAGGAAUGUUCUAUUGUGUGUCUUACGUACCAUUAGGUAUGACAUUUUGUUGAGUUAGAGCUGCAAAUAUUUGUGAGUUGUAAACCAAUUAAACCCAUUGGGUAUUGAAUAAG